GAUUCUGGUUAUUAUCUCGAUAACAAGAAGAACGCAAAGAAGGAUGAUUCAGGCUAUUACCUGUACGUAUAGAAAAAUUUUGGCUUUUCCCAUAUUUCCAUAGAAAACUUGUUGAACAGUUUACAUGAAAGACAUAAAGUUACCUUGGCUAAAUUGGUGACAAGACUAGCCCUUUCACAAUUUUUUUAAAUAAUAGUAGCUUUGUUCGAUAGUAGGUUGAUUCAGGCUAUUACUAGAAAUACGUUUAUCUUUUAUCAACUACAUUAACAUCUCUAAAGUUAACAGAGGAAAGAACCGACCUUAAAAAAAACAACAAAAAAAAACAACAACAACAACAACAAAAACCAAGAGAAGGACAGCUUUUAAAGCACUGUCAAUAAAAUCGACGAGUUGACAUUAUUCAAAACCAUAUUUUAAUGGUUCCCGCUACCUGCACAAAAAGGAAUGUUGGGAAAAAGAUAUUUAAUUGAUAAUGUUAAGUAACUUUUAUUUUAAGGAGAAAACUUGUUUUGUGUAAAAGGGUCAUUUGCCUGUCUGAUCUAACUAAGUGAGCCAACUUUGAUUUCCAUACAAAAUUUGGCUCAAAGUUUUCAUGCAGAAAAAGAAAGUUGGCUUGCCUAGAAAAACGCCUUGCCUUUUCGGACUACCAUUUUUCAAUUGUAGGGUCAAACUCCGACGAGGGGUUUGCUAGGUUAGUAGAAUCAUCAUUUUCUAUAAGUAAAUUAUGUGUCAGUGAAGCUGCCUCUUAUUACAAUAUUUUUAAUAUGAGAAAACACAAAAUGACAUUGUUUGAAAACACUAUCAACGACAAUGCUGAGUUAAUUUAUCGUUUUCUGGGUUGGGCGCAUCUCUUGUCUAUAGUGCGUGGUUUUUAUUGCUAAUAAAAACAAAAUUUAAACUUCCCGUUUAUAAUUUCAGUUGUCUCGGUUAUCUUUCAGCGAUUCUGGUUAUUAUCUUGAUAACAAGAAGGACGCAAAGAAGGCUGAUUCAGGCUAUUACCUGUACGUAUAGAAAAGUGUUGGUAUUUCCCAUACUUUUCAUGUUAUGUUUCAGUGAUGCUACCUCUUAUUAUGUUAACUUUUAUAUGACGAAACACAAAAUCACAUCGUUUGAAACACUAUCAACGACAACGAUGAGUUAAUUUAGUUUUCUGGGUUGGGCGCAUCUCUUGUCUACAAUGAUGGUUCCAACUGAAUAAACGGUCGUGGUUUUUAUUGGUAAUAAGAACAAACUAUAAACUUCCCGUUGAUGAUUUCUAUUGUCUCUAUUACCUUUCAGAGAUUCUGGUUAUUAUCUUGAUAACAAGAAGGACGCAAAGAAGCUUGAUUCAGGCUAUUACUUGUACGUAUAAAAAAAUGUUGGUAGUUCCCAUAUUUCCAUAGAAAACUUCUUCAACAGAGUUUACAUGAAAGACCUAAACUAGUUAGCUUGGCUAUAUUGGAAACACGCCUGGCCCGGUCACCUUUUCUCGAUAGUAGCUUUUUUCGAUAGUGGGUUGAUUCAAGCUAUGAAUUGAAAAAUGUUUAUCUUUUAUCAACUAAAUCAACAUCUCUUAAGUUAACAGAGGAAAUAACCGACCAUCAAAAACAGAAAAACACACCUUUUAAAGCACCGUCAAUAAAAUCGACAAGUUGAUUUUGUUCAAAACCAUAUUACAAUGGUUACCCGCUACCUGCACAAAAAGUAAUGUUAGAAUAUUUUAUCAUCUUUUAAAGAAAGAAGGAAUUUUAAUUGACAAAAGUUAAGGCACUAUCAUUUUUAGGCGAAAAAUUGUCAUGUGUAAAAGGGUCACUCGCCUGUCUGACCGAAUUAAGUGAGCCAACUUUAAUUUCGAUACAAAAUAUCGCAAAAAGUUUUCAUUAAGAAAAGAAAGUUAACUCUCCUAGAAAAAUGACUAGCCUUUCAGGAUUAACCUUUUUCAAUAGUAGAGUAAAACAGGGAGGAGGGGUUAUCUGGGUUGGAAUCAUCAUUGUCUCUUUCAGUGAUGCUGCCCCUCACUAUGAUAACUGUAAUAUGAGGAAACACAAAAUCCCAUAGUUUCAAACAUUAUCAAUGACAACGAUGAGUUAAUUUAUAGUUUUCUUGGUUGGGCGCAUCUCUUGUCUACAAUGAUGGUUCCUACCGAAUAAACGGUCGUGGUUUUUAUUGGUAAUAAAAAGAAAAAAUUUAGCCUUCCCUUUUAUAAUUUUAAUUGUCUCGGUUAUUUCUCAGAGAUUCUGGUUAUUAUCUUGAUAACAAGAAGGACGCAAAGAAGGAUGAUUCAGGCUAUUACCUGUACGUAUAUAACAAUGUUUGUAUUUGUUAUAUUUCCAUAGAAAACUUGUUGAACAGUUUACAUGAAAGACAAAGUUAGCUUGGCUAGAUUAGUGACACGACUAGCCCUUUCACUAUUUUUUAAAUAGUAGCUUGGUUCGAUACUAGCUUGAUUCAGGCUAUUACUAGAAAUGUGUUUAUCUUUUAUCUGCUAAAUUAGCCUCUCCAAAUAUAACAGAGGAAAUGCCCAACUAUUAAAAAAAUCAGAAAAACAGCUUUCAAAGCACUGUCAAUAAAAUCGACAACUUGACUUCAUUCAAAACCGUAUUGCAAUGGUUACCCCCUACAAGCACAAAAAAUAAUGUUGGCAUAAUUUAUCAACUUUUGAAAAAAGAAACACAUUUAAUUGAUAGAGUUAAGUUACUUAUAUUUAAGGAGAAAACAUGUCAUGUGUAAAAAAGUCAUUUGCCUGUCUGAUCUAACUAAGUGAGCCAACUUUGAUUUCCAUGUUUUUAUUAAGAAAGUUGGCCCGCCUAGAAAAAUGACUUGCCUUUAGUUAGUUUCCGGAUUACGCUUUUUCAAUUGUAAAGGGUCAAAUUCCGAGGAGGAUUUUUCUAAGUUGGAAUCAACAUUGUCUAUUAGUAACUUGCGUUUCAGUUAUGUGGCCUCUUAUUAAGAUAACUUUAAUUAGAAGAAACACAAAAUCACAUCGUUUGAAACACUGUCAACGACAACGAUGAGUUAAUUUAUAGUUUUCUGGGUUUGGCUCAUCUAUAGUCUACAAUGAUGGUUCUAACCGAAUAAACGGUCGUAGGUUUUAUUGGUAAUAGAAACAAAAUGUAAACAGUCCCGUUUAUAGUUUAAUUGUCUCGGUUAUCUUUCAGAGAUUCUGGUUAUUAUCUUGAUAACAGGAAGGACGCAAAGAAAGCCGAUUCAGGCUAUUACCUGUACGUAAAGAGAAAUGUUUGUAUUCCCCACAUUUCCAUAGAAAACUUGUUGAACAGUUUACAUGAAAGACAUAAGGUUUAACUUGGCUAGAUUGGUGACACGCCUAGCUUCUUCACUAUUUUUGAACAGUAGCUUUGUUCGAAAGUAGCUUGAUUCAGGCUAUUAGUAGAAACACGUUUGUCUUUUAUUAACUAAAUUAACUUCUCCAACGUUAACAAAGGAAAGAACCGAUCUUCAAAGAAAGAAAAAAGGGGGGCUUAUAAGCUUGAUUCAGGGUAUUACUUGUACGUAUUGAAAAAUGUGUAUCUUUUAUUAACUAAACCAAUUUCUCCUCAGUAACCAGAGGAGAUAACCGACCAACAAAAACAGAAGCACAGCUUUUAAAGCACUAUCAAUAAAAUCGUCAACUUGACUUUAUUCAAAACCAUAUUACAAUGGUUACCCGCUACCUGCACAAAAAGUAAUGUUGGCAUAAUUUAUCAACUUAAAAAAAAAUUCUUAAAGUUAAGUUACUUUUGUUUUAAGGAGAAAACGUGUCAUUUGUAAAAGGCUUAUUAGCCUGUCUGAUCUAACUAAGUGAGUCAACUUUGAUUUCUAUGCAAAAUUUGGCAAACAGUUUUCAUUAAGAAAAAGAAAGUUGGCUCGCCUAGAAAAACGACUUGCCUUUUCGUAUUAACAUCGUUCAAUUGCUGGGUCAAACUCCGAGGAGGGGAUAUCUAGUUUGGAAUCAUCAUUGUCUCUAGUAACGUAUGUUUCAGUGAUGCUGCCUCUUAUUUUGAUAACUUUAAUAUGAGGAAACACAAAAUCACAUCGUUUGAAACACUAUCAACGGCAACGAUGAGUUAAUUUAUUGUUUUCUGGGUUUGGCGCAUCUCUUGUUUACAAUGAUAGUUCCAACCAAAUAAACAGUGGUGGUUUUUAUUGGUAAUAAAAACAAAGUAUUAACUUCCUGUUUAUACUUUCAAUUGUCUCGUUUACCUUUCAGUGAUUCUGGUUAUUAUCUUGAUAACAAGAAAGACGCAGAGAAGCUUGAUUCAGGCUAUUACUUGUACGUAUUGAAAAAUGUGUACCUUUUAUCAACUAAACCAACAUGUUCUCAGUUAUCAGAGGAGAUAACCGACCCCUCCCCCCACAAAAAAAAAACAACAACAACAACAACAACAACAACAACAACAGAAAACAGCUUUUAAAGCACUGCCAUGAAGAAAAUCGAGAAUUUGACUCUGUUCAAAACCAUAUCACAAUGUUUGCCCGCGCGCUCGUUUCAAAAGUAGGUUGAGUUUGAUUGUCUGGGUGAACGUAAUCCUGAAUAGGACUGUUGUUGUUAACAGUGACUGAGGUUUCGACAACCGGCGUAGUAGUCAUCUUCAGAGACGAAUGACGUGAUACAACUCACUCUGACCCUGAAGAUAAAUUACCAGACAUGUUGUCGAAACGUCAGUCACUGGCAACAACAACACUCUUAUUUAGGACUACCUUCACCCGGACGAUUAAACUCAACAAAAACUAAUGUUGGAAUAAAUUAUCAAGUUUUUAAAAAAGAAAUUAACUUAACUGAUAAAGUUAAUGUGUAAAUGGGUCACUCGCCUGUCUGAGCUAUCCUGGGUAAGGCAACUUCGAUUCCCAGGCAAAAAUUGGCGAAACGUUUACAUAAAGAAACAGAAAGUUGGUUCGCCUAGGAAAAUGACUUGCAUUUUCGGGUUACCCUUUUUCAAUAUUAAGUUCAAACUUUAAGGAGGGUUUUUUUGGGUUAGAAUUAUCAUUUUCUAUCAGUAAGUUAUGUUUCAGUGAUGCUGCCUCUUAUUAUGAUACCUUUACUAUGACGACAAACAAAAUCACAUCCUUUGAAACACUAUCAAUGACAACGCGGAGUUAAUUUAUUGUUUUAUUUGUUGGGCGCAACUCUUGUCUACAAAGAUGGUUCCAAUCAAUUAAACGGUGGUGGUUUUUAUCGGUAAUAAAAAGAAAAUUUAAACUUCCAGUUGAUAAUUUCAAUUGUCUCGGUUGUCUUUCAGAGAUUCUGGUUAUUAUCUUGAUAACAAGAAGAACGCAAAGAAGGAUGAUUCAGGCUAUUACCUGUACGUAUAG